GUGUCUGCGCGGGCAGCGGCAGCCCGGUCUCCUCUCCUUCCUUUCCAGCCUGUUCUCCAGGUACGCGCACUCCCGGCCGCGACUGCCAGAAGAGACUCUCCUUUGCCCCCGCCCGAAGGGCAGAACUUGGGGUCCCCCGAAACAUGGCUGCGACCCUCGACCUCUCUCGCCCCCCUUCCCGGAUCCUGCUGCUUCUGCCCCUCUCCUUGGUCUUCUGGCUUCCAAGGGGCAGCUGCACGCCCAGCUCAGCCCCGGAUCCCCUGCCGGAAUCCGCCUUGCAGAAGCCCACCGUCUUCCUCGCCGUCCUCGCCAGGAACGCUGCUCACUCCCUGCCCCACUUCCUCGGCUGCGUGGAGAGGCUGCGGUACCCCAAGGACAGGAUCGCCAUAUGGGUAGCCACUGACCACAAUAUUGACAACACAACAGAAAUCCUGAGGGAGUGGCUGAAGAAUGUACAAAAACUGUAUCACUAUGUGGAGUGGAGGCCCAUGGGGGACCCUCAGUCUUACGCGGAGGAAAUUGGGCCCAAACACUGGCCAAACUCCAGGUUUACCCAUGUGAUGAAACUGAGGCAGACUGCUCUGAGAACUGCCAAGGAAAAGUGGUCUGACUACAUCAUGUUCAUAGAUGCUGAUAAUUUUCUGACAAACCCAGAAGUUCUGAAUCUCAUGAUAGCCGAAAAUAAGACCAUUGUGGCACCAAUGCUUGAAUCUCGUGCUCUCUACUCUAACUUCUGGUGUGGAAUGACACCUCAGGGCUACUACAAGAGAACACCAGAUUAUGCCCUGAUCAGAGAGUGGAAGAGGACUGGUUGCUUUGCGGUCCCAAUGGUUCACUCCACAUUCCUGAUUGACCUGAGAAAAGAGGCAUCAGAUAAACUGGUGUUUUACCCCCCACAUGAGGACUAUACCUGGACCUUUGAUGACAUCAUUGUCUUUGCCUUCUCAAGUCGACAAGCAGGCAUUCAGAUGUACAUCUGCAACAGAGAACACUAUGGCUUCCUGCCUGUGCCCUUGAAACCUCACCAGACACUGGAGGAAGAGGCUGACAAUGUUGUUCAUGUUCUGACUGAGGCAAUGAUUGACCGUCCUCCAGUUGAGCCUUCAGAGCAGGUCACAGUUCCUCCAAAGCACCCAGACAAGAUGGGAUUUGAUGAGAUUUUUAUGAUCAACCUCAAGCGCCGGAAAGACAGGCGAGACAGAAUGCUGCGAACUUUGUACGAGCAGGAAAUUGCAGUCAAACUAGUGGAAGCUGUGGAUGGAAAAGCAUUGAAUGCAACUCAGCUGAAAGCUCUCAACAUAGACAUGCUUCCUGGCUACCAGGAUCCUUACUCCUCAAGGGUGCUGACUAGAGGAGAGAUUGGCUGUUUUCUUAGCCACUACUAUAUCUGGAAGGAGGUGCAAGACAAGGAGCUGGAUAAAAUCCUGGUCAUUGAAGAUGACGUGCGCUUUGAGCACCAGUUCAAGAAGAAGCUCACAAAGUUAAUGGAUGAUAUUGAAAGAGCCCAGCUUGACUGGGAGCUCAUAUACAUUGGCCGGAAACGGAUGCAGGUGGAGCGUCCAGAAAAGGCUGUUCCCAAUGUCAUGAACCUCGUGGAAGCUGAUUACUCUUACUGGACACUGGGCUAUGCCAUCUCCUUGCAAGGAGCUCGGAAGCUGAUAGGAGCCGAACCUUUCAGCAAGAUGUUGCCUGUAGAUGAAUUCCUGCCAAUCAUGUACAACAAGCACCCAGUUGCCAAGUACAUGGAAUACUAUGAACCUAGAGACUUGAAAGCCUUCUCUGCUGAGCCUCUGCUGGUCUAUCCAACACACUACACUGGGCAGCCAGGAUACCUUAGCGACACAGAGACAUCCACAAUCUGGGACAAUGAGACCGUAGCCACUGACUGGGACAGAACACUCUCUCGGAAAUCCCGGCAGCAGGGCCAGAUCCGCACAGAUGCCCAGAACAAAGAUGCUCUUCCACCUCAGCCCUCUCUGGAGGCAGCAUCAGCAAGGGAUGAGCUAUGACUGUUCACUUGGCCAAGGAACCCCUGACAACAUUGGCAACAGCUGGACUUGCCUCAUGCGCCAUCUUUUGACCUAGAACCUUUCAGAGAUAUUAACAUUCUGUCUAAACUGGCAGAUGCCGUCAUUUUGAGCUGACUGGUUUUAACUGAACAAGAGUCUCUUGUUUUAUAGGAGGAGUGGCUGAGCCUGACUGAGUCUUCUGAGAAAUACUGUAUUGACAGUAGGCCAUUUUUUCCAUGUAGGGGUUUGUACCAUGGGACCCUCAGUUGAGCUUCUGGAGGACUCUAGAGGGCAGCAAGUUUACACUCUGAAAGGACAAAGCUUUCAUAAACAAUGUCUUUCUACACUUUGUGUAGAAUUACUGUAUUUAUAAAGAUUAAUAUAUACAGAGGACUGGGAGAGGUUUACAGGCCCUUCCAUGUUAAUUAUUGGAUUGCUGCUGGGCUUUGUCAACCAUGUUCUCUGAGAGAAAUAGUGUAGGGAGGGGGAGACUGUCAAAGAGUUACUGCCAAAAAUUAUCCCGUGUCUUUAUCUAUCUGAAUUCCAAGUGGAUCUUUAUUUUGUCUAUUGUGAGUCCCCAAAGGUGCAAAUAACUUGUAUUUAUUUAUAGAUACAAAGACUGGUGGUGGGAGUUAUGAAGAAUUUCUACAGCAACUUCCAACCUGCAGAAUUAUUUGUAGUCAGGGGCGUAGGAAGAUAGGGGUGGUGCGGGUGGGUCGCCCCGAGCGGCGCGAUCCCAGGGGCGCCAUCACGGCUGCCCACCGCGCCCCCAAAACAUGCGCCCUGCCCCAAAACGUAUGCAAGGUGGCAUCACGCUUGUGGGUGGUGUGAUGCCCCUCAAUAGCCUGCCCCUUGCCUCCGUCCAGGGAGAGCGCAGCAGGGAGAGCGUGCGUUGGCUGAGCAAGCCCCUGCAGCGCCUAGCGAGGUUUUUGCCGGGUGGCUGCCCUUCACAAAUUACAGCAGUUGUCUCUGGCCUCCCAAACAUUGCAACCCCCGGCCUUGGGCACAGAUACCUUUUUAAAAACUGAAAUAUCGUCUGGAAUAAUUGUCAAGCGGUUGGUCAUCAGAACAGAACCCUGCUUCUCCCAUUUUAUAUAGAUAGAAGGGCGAAUGGUGACUGUAAAUUGAGAUGACUAUAACAAAAUGUCUUGUGUUUUUUUGAGCGUGAGCAGUCUUAAACAUCUCUUGACUGCUAAUUCAUUUUUAAAAUAGACAGACAUUAUUUGUUUCAAAGACCCCACAUGAGGGCUCCCUUUCAACAUUGUACCAAAGAGAAAUCUCUGGUUGUAUCAAGCUUGCUGAUCUCUGUUUUUUAAGAUAACUUAAACUGUUUGCGUACUGAAUUCUUGUCUUUGUCACCCCCAUCAUGAAAAUCACGCUUCUCCAUUUUGGGAUGAGCUGUGAUACCCUCCCUGCUGGACAGUGUUUCAACACACUAACACCACAUCUUUAUAAAUGCACCCGAAGUCAAGCGGUCAUUUAAUCUUGUAAUGUAGACUUCAGAGUUUGAAGGGAAAAUCAUUACUGAAACAAAACUUUUUAAAUAAAAAACUAAGGGAAGAAACUCUAUCUGCUUAACCUGCUGUAGAUGCUGUACACAGGAAUUGUUGUUCUUAAAUGGAAUAACUGUAGUAUCCUAUUACACUCUUUCCUAAAGGGGAUAAUGUUGCUGCUUAUCAGCUGGUCUGAUAAUAUAUAGCAAGUCAACUCGUCUGUUGUCAUGGUCUUUUAUUUGUGACUUUAAAUACUGGCAGUAUGGUGUGAUGCGAUCCGAUUGGCCACUCCCAAGUCCAGCUGGAGUUUGUCAUCUCUGCUUUGAAAGAUUAAUGGCACCUGGUAAAGCUCCUUUGGUCUUGAAAUGGCUUGGAGGGGGCCAGAAUCUUGUUGCAGAAGCCAGCUGGAUAUUUCUCACUCAGAACUCCAAGCCUGUAUACCUGGAUAUCUCUGACGAUGUCCCAUCCAGGCACUGAGCCUAAGAUGUGCUUAAGAUUCAGCAAGGUUGCUUUGAUACGUGUGUCUUGGUGUGGCAGGGCUGCUGCAGUUGGCCACUUGACUUAGAGUUCUUCCUGGGAGAAAAGAUUAUACUGCAAUGAUACAGGUAAGUCUGGUGUGCCCCUGCCAUACCUUUCUCUGUGGUGAAAGGAAGGGGGUGCUAAUUGAUAUCGGAGCCCCAGGGGCUUUGAUCCUUUCAUUACCUCAGCAGUGAAUCUGCUGUUCCUGUGCAAUCUCAUCUCACGAUUCUCACCAUGGAUGCAUGCACUUCCUGUUGGUUUGGAACUGAAUUACAGUGGUACCUCUAAUGUGUUCCGAACGCACAUUCGUAAGUCGAAAAAAAUUGUAAGUCGAAUCCCAUAGGAACGCAAUGGGAGAAAAAAUUCGUAAGUAGAAGCAACCGUAUCUAAAAAUUCAUAAGUAGAAAAAAUCCUAUCUAAACCGCAUCCAAGAUGGCGGACGGAGCUCCAUUCGUAAGUAGAAACAUUCAUAAGUCGAGGUACCACUGUACU